AUGAUCGAGAUACUAUCGCACGGCUCGCUCGUGCUCGUGUGUGCCCCGCGUUCAUUCUGGUUCCACUGGGAGUUAAUUGCGCGUUCUCCGCUUGUUGCAGGAAACAUCAGGACCAAGGCGGUGCUCGACGUCGAGACGAAGAGGGGAUACUGGUUGACCGUUUACGCCCAGGAUCACGGAGUGGUUCCGCUGAGCUCGAGUCUGCAGGUGUACGUCGAGGUGCUGGACGAGAAUGAUAACACGCCGCUGACCGAGCUCCCAGUUUACUAUCCGUCCGUGGCGGAGAACUCGCCCGCCAGCGUGAGUGUCCUGCAGAUCCGCGCCUUUGAUCGCGACGUCUCGCCCCAGCAGUUCGUCUUCACCAUCAGCAGCGGCAAUCCGGAGGGUUAUUUCCUCAUCAACUCCACCACCGGUCUCAUCAGCACCAGCGGCAGGAAGCUCGAUCGCGAGAAUCAGGCGGAGCACGUGUUAGAGGUGACGGUGAGGGACAACGGCAGGCCGCCUCUGUCGUCGACCACGAGGGUGGUCAUCGAGGUGGCGGACGUUAACGACCACGGUCCCGAAUUCGAGCAGAAGUUCUACACGGUCCAGAUUCCGGCGUCGCCGGCGACCGACAAGCCGCUCUUCCAGAAAUCGAGGAACCGCUCGCGGGAGCUCGACCUCUCGAUCGAUACGUUACUAGAGAACGGGACUUGGGAGACAUUUAGCCCCGACACCUUGUCAGGAGAUCGUAUCUUCAGGGUUCUUGCGUACGACAAAGAUAUCGGCGACAACGGGAGAAUCCAGUAUAGCAUCAAGGGCGGCCGGGGAAAGGGCAAGUUUAAAAUUCACCCCACCACGGGGAUGGUGUACGCCCAGCGUGGACUCGAGCCUGGUCAAGAAUACGAAAUGAUGAUACGAGCGGCCGAUCACGGCGAGCCCCAGCGUAGUCAUCAGACUCGAGUUUCCAUUCAAGUUGCGGAUGCGCCGAAGGAAUCGGAGAAUCCUCCUGUGUUCAAGACAAACAAUCAAAGUGUGGAAGUCACGGAGAGCGACGAGGCGGGCUUUUUGGUCGCCCUCGUGCAGGCUAGCGACAGAGACGGCGAUUCUCUGUGGUACGAUAUCUUAGACGGCGACAAGCGCGACGAGUUCUUCAUCGGGCGCGACAACGGUAACGUGCUGCUGGCCAAGAGGCUGGACUGGGAGGUCCAGAACUUUUACAAUCUCACGAUCGGCGUAACUGACGGCGUGCACACGACGCUGACGCAGCUGCUCGUUACGGUGAUCGACAUCAACGAUCACCGGCCGGAGUUCACCGAGAGCACGUAUCGCGUCGACAUCUCGGAGAACGUCGAGAAGGGCGAGAGGAUUCUGCAGCUGCACGCGACCGACGAGGACGAGGAUAAGAAGGUCUUCUACAGCCUGCACGCGGCGCAGACCCAGGCUUCGCUCGGGAUCUUCCACGUGGACUCGGUCUUAGGCUCGAUUACGUUGAACGAGCCGCUCGACCGGGAGACCAUCGAGGAGCACGUGCUGACGGUGAUGGUCAAGGAUCAGGGCACGCCAGCCAAGCGCAACUACGCCCGAGUGAUCGUCACCGUGCACGACCACAACGACCACGCGCCCGAGUUUAUCAGCGAGAUCAUUCAGGGCAAGGUGUACGAGAGCUCGCCGAUCGGCGCGGCGGUGGUGCAGGUGUGCGCCAUCGAUCGGGAUCGCGGCGAGAACGCCAAGAUCACCUACUCCAUCACGUCCGGCAACGUCGGCAACGUGUUCACCAUCGACCCGGAUCUCGGUUUCAUCCGCGUCGCGCGCGAGCUCGACCUCAGCGUCUCCUCCGAGUAUAUCCUCCUCGUGAAGGCGACCGAUCACGGCUCGCCCGCGCUGGCGAACACCGUGCCGGUGCACGUGAUGGUGACGAUGGCUGACAACGCGCCGCCGCGCUUCAUUCAGAAGGAGCUGUCCGCGGAGAUAUACGAGAACCAGCAGCUAGGCACGUACGUGAAGCACGUGGAGGCGCGGAGCACGUCGUCGUUGCAGUUCGAGAUUAUGCGCGGCAAUCGCGACGACACGUUCUUCGUGAAUCCGAGCACCGGCGUGAUCGUCAUCAAGAAUCAGCUCGACUACGAGAAGACCAAGUUCUACAAUCUUACGGUGUCGGCGACGAAUAUGGCCGGCGCGUCCGCCACCUGCAACGUCAUCGUCCACGUGCUCGACAGGAACGACAACGCGCCGCGUUUCCUGCAGGCGCGGUACAGCGGCGAGAUCAGCGAGGGUGCCAGCAUCGGUUCCCUCGUGUUGACCAACACGAGCGCGCCGCUGGUCAUCAAGGCCGAGGACGCGGACUCCGAGCUGAACGCGCUGCUCAAUUACGACAUCGUCGAGGACCUACCGCGAAAGUACUUCCACAUAGACUCCAGCACCGGCGCCAUACGCACGGUCAUGUUGCUCGACCACGAGACCAUACCCGUGUUCUCGUUUCACGUCAAGGUCUCGGAUCUGGGCAAGCCGAAGCUCUCGUCCGAGACCACCGCCAAGGUGACGAUAGCCGUGACAGAUGUCAACGAUUGCCCGCCCAAGUUCUCCAGGACUGAUUACAAUGUCACGCUUCUGCUGCCGACGUAUAAAAAUGUAGCCGUCACUCGGGUGAACGCCGUGGAUCCCGACAGCUCGGAGGGAGCCGCGUUGAGAUAUGACAUCAUCGACGGCAAUAAGGCCAACACCUUCGAUAUAGACGCUCAGAGCGGCAUUAUUACGGUCCAUAAUCCAGAACGUAUGAAGAAGAACUACCUGCUCCACGUGCGAGUGUCGGACGGCAAGUACUCGAGCGUGGCGCAGGUGAACGUGAUGGUGGAAAAAUCGGAGAAUUCUGGCCUGAUCUUCCAAAGGAGCGUCUACGAAGGCGCCAUCCUGGAGAACUCUACGAAGAUCGCGACCGUGGUGGUGGUGAACGUUCUCGGUAGUUUGCUGAACGAGCACAUCGUCUUCAGCAUUCUCAAUCCCACCGAUAUGUUCGUAAUCGGGCCGACCUCCGGCGCGAUCAGGACCAACGGUAUACGAUUCGACCGGGAGGUUUGCGACCACUACGAAUUAAUCGUCGAGGCGAAGAGCCACCCGCCGGAUCGGGAGAAACCUCGGGUGGCUCAUGUCAUAGUGAACGUCACUGUACUCGAUAUUAACGACAAUUGUCCGAUGUUCGUUAAUUUGCCCUACUACGCUGUCGUCUCCGUCGACGCUCAGAAAGGCGACGUCAUUACGAAGGUUCACGCGAUAGACAUGGAUAGCGGUGAUAACGGGGAGGUGAGGUACGAACUGAAGAAGGGCCACGGGGAGCUCUUCAAGGUGUGCCGGAAAACCGGUGAGAUAUCGUUGAAGCAGAACCUCGAGGGUCACAAUCGCGAGUAUCAGCUCACGAUCGCCGCGUAUGACGGCGGAAUAACGCCGUGUUCCAUUGAAGUGCCAGUCAACGUGAAGGUGAUAGAUCGCUCGAUGCCAGUAUUUGACAAGCAAUUCUACACGGAUAGCGUGCUCGAGAGUAUAGAAGUACAUUCACCUCUGGCGUUAUCCAUUCAAGCUGAGUCACCUCUGAAUCGCAAACUCAUAUACAGUAUUACUAAGGGCAACGAUUUUGAGGAGUUUGCCCUGGACUUCAACACGGCCCCCGACAGUAACAAUGGUCCUUGUGUAAUCUAUGUGGUGGAUGAGCUGGAUUAUGAGCAGAAGAAGCAGUACGAGCUGACCGUGCGCGCCACCGACAGCGUGUCAGGCGUUUACGCGGAGGUGCUCGUCAGCAUCCUCGUCCUGGACGUGAACGACUGUCCGCCCGAGUUCACGCAGGAUUCCUACAAUAUCUCGGUGUCGGAGGCGGCGGUAUUCGGGACCCCCGUCCUGCGAGUGAACUCCAGAGACAAUGACACGGGCAUCAAUCAACAAGUUCGUUACGCCAUUCAAAACGACACCGAGGACAGCACGGACCUCUUCCAUAUCGAUCCCGACGAGGGGGUGAUAUUUCUCAAACGGUCCUUGGACCACGAGAGCCGCGAGUCCCAUCACUUCACCGUGAUCGCCAUGGACCGCGGCGUGCCGAGUCUGUCGAGCACGGCGCACGUCUGGGUGAGCGUGAUCGAUAUGAACGACAAUCCGCCCAAGUUCGAGCAGCCCUCGUACACCUGUUCCCUGUCGGAACACGCCGAGCGCGGCCAAUUCGUGACGGUGGUGUCGGCCAGCGAUCCCGACUACGUCGACGAAAAGUUGACGUACACCAUCGUAGGCGGGAACGAGCAGCAGACUUACAACAUCGACCAGUCGACCGGCGUCAUCUCGCUGAUAAACAUGCAGAAUUUCGGCGAGCAAAAGCUCAGCAUGCUCAACGUGUCCGUCACCGACGGCGUCUACACCAGCUUCGCCCGCGUCAAGAUCGAGAUUCUGCCCGCGAACAGGCACAAUCCGAAAUUCCCGAACCCAGUGGUCGAGGUGACCGUCCUGGAGAACCAGCUGCCCGGCAGAUUGGUCACCAGCGUGCUGGCCGCGGACGAGGACUUCGGCGAGUACGGCGCGGUGACGUAUGCGAUAAUGUCGGAGAUGAUGAAGGAGGUGUUCGACAUAAAUAAGCUCACCGGCGAGAUAGUGACGCGUAAAAAGCUCGAUCGGGAGGAGCAGAAGCGCUACGAGAUACCGGUCAUGGCGAUGGACGGAGGCGGCAGGUCCGGGUUCGUGAUGGUGCGAGUCAAGGUGGGCGACGAGAACGACAACGCGCCGGUGUUCCUCCUUAGCGAGUACAAAGCGACUAUCCAGGGCAAUCUGUCCCUGAACACGCCCUUCCUGAAAGUCCGGGCACAGGACGCGGACGAGGACGAGGCGGCCAAGAUCGUGUAUUCCAUCUACGAGCCGCAAACGUCACCAGCCAGGUCUCUGUUCGGCAUAAAUCCCGAUACUGGAUCUCUCUAUCUGCAGAAGAGCGCCGUGCCGUGGGAAAACCAAUUGUUCGAGUUGUUUAUUCGCGCGGAGGACAAAGGCACGACUACGCAUCAUGCCGAUGUGCCGCUGAGUAUUUACAUAAUGGGUUCUCGCGACAUCCCGCCGCUCUUUGAGCGAAAAGAGGAUAAAUUCUUCGUAAGAGAGGACUCUUCCGUCGGCACGCCGAUCACGAAACUCAAGACCGUCACGAAUAGCACUGUGACGUAUCGCAUAGUGUCCGGCGACGAGGACAAUCCGCUCUUUAAGAUCGACUCUCACGGCCAGGUCACCCUGGCGAGACCGUUGGACCGCGAGCUGAAAGACAGCCAUUUGAUCGGGGUCCUCGCCGAGACGGAUUCCAGCCCACCGCUCACGGCUCUCGCCGAGAUCUCCCUUCAGGUGCUGGACGAGAACGAUCACGCUCCGAAAUUCGAGAGCAAUCCGUACGCGAUCAGCUUAGCCGAGAACAUCGAGGAGGGCACGUCGAUAUUGAAGGUCAUCGCGCACGACAAAGAUCUCGGUAGCAACGGCGAGGUGCGUUACUCCUUUGGAUCCGACAUAGGGGAAUUGGCCAACGUUUUCACGGUGGACGCCUACACUGGUUGGGUGUCGACGUUGGUGCAGCUCGACAAGGAGAAACAACCGGAGUACAAGUUUCAGGUGGUCGCCACUGACAAUGGAAAUCCGAAACACUUCGCGAGGGCGUCGGUGCACGUCAAGUUGAAGGAUUAUAACGACAACGCGCCCGCGUUCGUCGACGAUCGUUACGAGGCCACGGUGAACGAGGACGCUCUACCGGGCACGGUUGUGGUGAAACUGAUCACCGUUGAUAAAGACACGGAUGUCAAUACGCCGAUAGAGUUUUACAUAACGUCCGGUGAUCCUAGAUCGCAAUUUCAAAUCAGAUCCACCGGCGAGGUGUACGUGGCGAAAGCCUUGGACAGAGAGACCAUCGAUCGUUACGAGCUUCAGAUCGUUGGCACCGACGGGAAAUACGUUUUCGAGACGAAAGUAACGGUGCAGGUCUUGGAUGUCAACGACAAUCCGCCGUAUUGUCUCAGGUACCGUUACAGAGAGAUACUUUCCGAGGGCUCGCAUCCUGGCGCCUACGUCCUGACCGUGUUGGCCACCGACUACGACGACGAGCCGAACGCCAAGCUACGGUUUUACCUGACCGGCGACAAUAACGACAAAUUCUCGCUGGAUAAGGAGACGGGCGUGCUGAAGACCGUCGGGCAGCUCGACCGAGAGACUCAGGCCAAGUAUUCCUUGACGGCCCACGUGCAGGACCGGGACAAGCCGACCUGGGAGUGCUCGUCGCAGCUGGAGAUUCUCGUUUCCGAUCUCAACGACAACGCGCCGAAAUUCACCAUGUCAACUUACAGCAGCACCUUGCCCGAGGACGUGGAGAUCGGCACGCUAGUGACCAAGGUACACGCUACGGACAACGAUAUCGGCAUCAAUCGGAAGAUCCGGUACGAGUUUAUCGACUCGGCGGACGGCCACUUUCUCAUCGCGGCGGACAGUGGAAUAGUCACGCUGGCCAAGCCGCUGGACAGAGAGACGAAGGCCAUGUACAACGUUACUAUCCAGGCGCUCGAUCAGGGCACUCCUCAGUUAAUGGGGGUCGCCUCCCUGAUCGUCAACGUGCAGGACAUCAACGACAAUCCACCGGAAUUCACCUCUAAGCUCUACUUCGCGAAAGUGCCCGAGAUCUACGCGGUUGGUACGGAGGUGGCGCGGGUGCUCGCCACCUCCAAGGACACGGGGGUGAACGCCGAUAUAUAUUACUCGAUCGUCGGUGGUAACGAGCACAAGAAGUUCCAGAUAGACGCCAAGUCGGGCGUCUUGACCAUCUCCGAGCAGCUGGACUACGAACGGGCGCGCGAUUACUUCCUCACCAUCCAAGCCGUCGACGGAGGCAUCCCGCCGCUGAGCAAUCACGCCACUGUCAAUAUCACCGUCACCGACAGCAACGACAACGCGCCGAUCUUCAGCGAGGUUUCGUACAGAGCCUUCGUGAGAGAGGAUGCGAAAAUCGGGGAGAAAGUUACGCAGGUGUACGCAAAUGAUUUGGACAGCGAGGAGAAUGGCAAUGUGUCGUACUACAUAGAACGCGGCGACAGGCAGAAGCAGUUCUCCAUCGACAGAAAGACCGGCCAAAUAACUGUCGCCGCGCCACUGGACCGAGAGGAAAUUGCGGGCUACAUACUGGAGGUUCACGCGCGCGACAACGUGAAAGACAAGUACGUGCUGCACGUUCGGGUGUUCGACAACGGCAGCCCGCCGUUGUACUCGGACGCGUGGGUUGUGAUCAAGGUGAUCGAGGAAUCGCAGUAUCCGCCUGUGAUCACGCCCGUCGAGGUAAUCGUCAACUCUUACAUGGACGAGUACCCGGGCGGCAUUAUUGGCAAGGUCCACGCGACUGAUCAGGAUCAGUACGACACGCUUCUCUUCAGUCUGGUGCCAUCCCUGUCGAUCCCGAGCAUCGAUCUCUUCCAGAUAGACAAGAUCGACGGUACGCUGGUGGCCCAGCCUAGACUCGACGUGGGCGAGUAUAGGAUAAACGUGAGCGUGACGGACGGCAAGUUCCACUCGUACUCCGUCGUGAAAGUGAACGUCGAUCUGGUGACCGAGAAGAUGCUCGAGAGCUCGGUGAUCGUGAGGUUCCGGGAGGUCAGUCCGGAGGAUUUCAUGCUGAGCCACCGCAAGGGCUUCGUCAGGACCGUUCGAAACGCGAUGAACUGCCGGCUGAAAGACAUCGUUAUUAUCAGCGUGCAGCCGUCGACCGACGAGGCGAACCUGAUCAAGUCGCGGGCGAUUCGCCAGGCGGUGCACAACGACCUCGAUCUUCUCUUCGCCGUGAAGAAGGCGGCGAAUCCGGCGGGUUCGUCGGGUUUCUACGCGUCGGAGAGCAUACGCGAAGCGUUGAACCAGCACGUGGAGGAGCUGGAAGAGUCGACGAAGCUGGUCGUCGAGGAGAUCGUCCGGUUUAAGUGCAACAAGGGUUACUGCUUCUACGGCGACUGUCAGGACAAGAUCGUUCUCGAUCCUACGCACAUCACGCCCGUUUCCACUGACGUAAUGAGCUUCGUGUCGCCGCGGCACAAACACAAGAUGGAGUGCAACUGCAAGGAGGGAUACGCCGGAAAUCACUGCGAGGUGGUGGUCAACGAGUGCGCCAGGGAACCCUGUCCUCUGUUCAAGGUCUGCGUGCCAGACUCUUCCAUUCAAGGAUACUCGUGCCAGUGCCCGGAGGGAUACGCCGGUCAGACCUGCGACAUAGACAUCUCCAAGUGUCACGACGAGUCCUGUUACAUCCCGCGAAACCCCAUAUCCUUCAGCGGCAAGAGUUACGCGCGCUACAAGAUCGACAAGGCGUUGAUACGACAAACGAUCGAGGACCGUCUCAGCUUGUCCCUGAGGAUCAGGACGAUGCAGCCUACCGGCAACCUCAUGUACGCGGCCGGCAAGGUGGACUACAACAUCUUGGAGAUCGUCAACGGCGUGAUGCAGUACAAGUUCGAUCUGGGCAGCGGCGAGGGGCUGGUCAGGGUGAGCAGCGUGUACGUGAGCGACGGACAGUGGCACGAGAUCCAGCUGGAGCGGGAGAGCAACAGCGCCCGGCUGACCGUGGACGGCAAGCACAUCGCCCACGGCUCCGCACCCGGGAUCAACGACAUCCUGAACCUGCAGUCGGACGACCUGUACUUGGGCGCCGAGGUGAGGCAGCAUCCGUCGAUCAUCGGCUUCGAGGACGUGCAACGCGGCUUCGUCGGCUGCAUGGACGACGUCAGGAUCGCCCGGGUGUCCGUGCCGUUGCACAUGAGCGGCGCCAGCAGCGUAGCGAUCCUCAAGCGAUUCGCCAACGUCGAGUUCAGCUGCGACACGACGACCAUCCUGGUGCCGCCGGGCGUCUGCGGCUCGCAGCCCUGCCAGAACGGCGGCACCUGCAAGGACAUGGGCAGCGACAGCUACGAGUGCCAGUGCCACAGCCGGUUCGCCGGCCUGGCCUGCGAGAUCGACACGGACCCGUGCGCCUCCUCGCCCUGCCUCUACGGCGGUCGUUGCAAGGUCGUGCCGGAGGGCGGCGAUUACGUCUGCGAGUGCGUCGGGCCGAGCCUGAGCGGCAAGCGCUGCGAGUUCGGUAGGUACUGCAGUCCGAAUCCGUGCAGCCACGGCGGUGUGUGCGAGGAGGGCAACAACGGGCCGAUCUGCAAGUGCCAGGGCUUCACCGGCGACCGCUGCGAGACCGACGUCAACGAGUGCGACGCGAGCCCGUGCACGAACGGCGGCACCUGCGUCAACGAGAUCGGCACGUACAGAUGCAUCUGCCCGCCGAACAUGACCGGCCUCAACUGCGGCAACCCGGCCUUUUCCACGCCCAUCAUAUCCAGCCACUUCAACAUCCCGUGGGAGCACCUAAUGUGGAUCGGCAUCGCGGUGCUGCUCAACGUCCUGCUCAUCGUCAUAUUCGUCACGUUCUGGCGGAUCCGGAUGAAGCGGACCAGGACGCGCGCCAACAACAUCAACAACGAGACGCGCAAGCAGAUCGUCCUGAAUUCCGCGAGGCCGCACGAGCACGAGUUCAAGCGCAGUUCGAAACUGAGCAAUCUCGAAGUCAUACAGAGAGAACCUCCCCAAUGCCCUCCCAGACCCGCCUCCUACACCCCGAGCUCGAACAACGAGCCCGCGACGUACGGUAACUCGGCGGCGGUGGCUCUGAAUAAUCUGGACACCCUGCGCAGCUACGGCAGCGCGGGCGACGAGCUAGAGAACUUCCCGCCGGAUUACCUGCGGAAUCUGAACCGCAGCACUCCCGUACCACCCCCGUCCCUGACCCUCGCUAAUCCGGUCGGCGGAAACGCAACUGGCAGCGACACGGACAGUCUACACAAGCCCACCUGGCAGGAGCAGAUGCAGCUGGCCUCCUUCAUAACGGACACCACCAAGAUCAAGAACGACCUGAAACGAGCGAGCCCAGUGGUACCAGAGCUGACCACUGGAGGACUUCUACUAAACUCUUCUCGACGGACACCUCACGCGGUUGGGUCCUCCGUCGCCUCCGUCACGUCCAUCGAGGAUGAUCCUCGCAUCGUCGGCGGGUAUCACUGGGACUGCUCAGACUGGGUCAGGCCGAGUCAGAAUCCCUUGCCCAAUAUCACGGAGGUACCCGGCAGCGAGGUCCCAGACUCGUCCAGUUUCCAUAGCAAUGAGAGUAAUGAGUCCAAUACUCACCAAUUGCCAAUGAUGCACGGUCCGAUAGAUCCAACGAGGGACAUCGAGACCCUGAACGAAGAUCAAGAAUCGGAAUACGUCGGCGAUUCCGAGUGCGGGACCGAGUUCUCGGAGCAGUAUCAUUGCGCGGAGACGCAGCGUCUGAACCCCCUCGACAGCGGCGGUGAGGGGGAGUACAAGUACAAGAGCUCCGAGAGCUAUCUGCGCCACCCGAACUCGUACCUGCCCCACUACAACAUUCACACCGACACGGAGAACGAGACGAACCCGCUCAACGGCCGUCUCAGCACCCUCGAGUCCGACGAGGAGGAAGAAGACGACGUAGUGCCUUAUGGUUUCCCGAGCACCCGCCGUAACCGGUGCCACAAGGUGAUCGAGGAGGACGAGAUCGGCUCCGUCAUCACCACGCUGGAGGAGAGGAACUCGCUGUUGGGCGGCGCGACCAGCAACAGCGAUCUCUCCACGAAUCUGUGCGAGAUCGACGACUCCGAGUACGAGAUCGCGGAUCAGAAGAGCAACGGGCGCCUGUGGCUAUCAGGGAACGGCAUCACGCAGACCUCAGUGUGACGAAUGGCGGUGCCGAAGCACGCGAAUAGACUGGAUCGCGCGAGAGCGCGUUUCUCCGCGCUUCUACGACCGAGACACGCGGAUCAUGUCUGUGAAUAUGCAAUUUUGUACAUAGAGUGUUAUAUCGUCGUAGACAAGUAAGACAGUCUGUACAGGCAGCUAUGAAGUAAGGAACCCUUUUGUGCGAGAGCCACCGGCGCGUCCUGGACGCACGCCGCGCGUAUACGACGUAUACCGUCGCGGAGAUGCAUCGCGCCUCAAAUCUCCUCCUUGCAUAGGUAGAGUUCAAGCAUUAGCGUACUUAAUCCUGCAAACUGAAUACGCGGAUAGUUAUAUGUCCUACAACUGCAAGCAGCGCGUACGUCGCGUCGUAAUCGGAAUCGAUGAAAACAAUUCAGAGAGCUUCCGUUUUAUUUAUUUUAUUAUCGGAUGCAUCAUAUAUAUUUUGUUGUAGUAAUAUAUAGAGUCUGAAAUACAUAGAUUGAAUUUUAUGGCUUGGCGGUAGAACAUUUGAACAUGUAACAUUCGUAUAUUUUCUACCACCAGACCAUAUUUCCUCUUCUAAUUGCAAGAUAUUGAUACGCCGUGGAAAUUAUUUGUUUAAUCAGCAAGAAAAAUGCACAAUUGCUUACUAGGUAACGCCACCACGCUGCACGCAUUCUUGAUAUUUUAUUUUGACAACAGUUGGAAAAAUAUUCCUUUUAACUCUACCAAGGAGACGAGAUUUAUUAGAGAGAAAUAGAUUGUGGCAACUACGAGUACACGUACAUGCGUAAGAAAUUAUCUUGAUUAAGGGAGGGAGAAUUCAUUAACUCGAGAAAAGUAAAGCUAAUCACGACCGUGUCGUCAGACCAAUGACUAUUGUUUAAUGACCUAUCGUUUAAAUUUAACGUGUUAAUCCAACAACUAUAAUUCCAGUGCAAAAGAUACAUAGGUACAUUUAUGUAUUUUUACUAUUUGCUAACUGACUUUAUUUUGGUUACGUAUAAAUGAACCGACGGACUACUUAAUAAUGCAUAACGUUAAGUAAAAAAAAGUAGCGGAUUAUCGUGUAAGUAAAUGGACUCUAGUGAAAAAGAACAGCCUCCUCCGCGUUACGGAGAGCGACAUGUGCGCGACUGUGCACGUGUUUAUUGCACAGGUUAAAUAGUUAAAAAAAAUAUAUGAAAUAUUUUUACUGUGAUGAUAAUAAUGUUUAUACGAUGAUCAAAUAACUAUGACUUGUAUCAUAAUAAUUGCAAUGUUAAUUACCCAACGUUUUAUAACAAAUUUAAGAAAAGAACAACAUGAAGAGCGAUGGAAGGGGCGACACGUCCUCCUCCGUGUAUACGUAAGCUAAGUCAACGUUCCGUUUAUUUAACAUUCUUUUCCUCUUAUCUCUUUAUUCGUCAGCCACCAUCAGUACGACCGAUAAAUCUGCAUACAUGGUGCUAUUUACAUUCACGCUUUAUCGUCUAUCUACUCUUUAAUAAGACUGCUCAGCGGCGCGAGGUAAUUCACCACGUCGCGCCCUUUACCAAUCUGCCAUUCGCAUCUCAUGUAUUCUUCAUCAUAGGAGACUCCAUAAUGUAUAAUGGAAUACUUUUUAAAACUGCCAAUUAAUUCUUAAUGCCAUAUAAGCAAUGCAUUUCCUUCGAUUGAUUUACAUAACGGAGAUAGAAGAAGAUCGAGGAACAAUCUAUUACGCAUCUAAGGUUUUUUUACUCAUUGUCACUUCCAUUUAGGAUACUUUUCAUUAAUGGAUAUUGUAAUUAUGGCAGCUUAUUUGGGUGAGGUAUACACGUUCUUUUAUACACGUAGAAUUUUGUUGAGAAAUUCGACUUUAUGUUCCUGUUCUGUAAAGGAUGCCAGCUAUCCUGCUCGUGUUUGGUAGGAUACAUUAGCGAAUCAUAUUAAUAAUAAUGCUAAACAGGGUGAUUUUUAUGUUGACCAAGAGUAAAAGCAUCGUCUCUCGUCCUCGUAUAAGUUAAAAUCGGCUGUGCUUCUACUUUCUGAAAUUUUAGAGGGUCAUGCGAUACAAUUUUUGUAAUGAUUUUAUAUUAAAAUCAUAUGAAAUGAGACAAAAGGAGAACGGUAUUGAUUCUGCCGGUUGCAAAUUCGAUAAAAAUGAUGAGCGAUAUAAAAUUUCAGUCAGUAACAUGAAGCACGGUAAAUAUUAUAUAACAUAUAUUUAGAUUAGUUUUAUUUAAAAAAAAACGAACGAUGAAGCACACAUUGGUCAAAGACUGUAAAGUAGAAGAUAUGGAUGUCACGGCGGAUUUUUUAUAAAUAGUAUAUGAAUCACUUAGUGAUCUCACAAAAAUCACGAAAAUCCGUUUUUUUUUAAUUUUCCAACUAAUAAAUUGAUAAUAUAAAAAGUGAUUAUUAUUAAUUUCUUUUCAUAGUUACGUAGUACGGAAUUGAAAGCAUAUAUGGUUUGUACAUAUAAUUUUCAGUAAAUUAUUUAUUGCUCCAGGCCUACUUACUCGCGAGUUAUGUUCUCGAAAAAUUAAGAGUGAGGAAUAAAUAAUUUUAUGCAAUAUUUACACACGUUAUGGUAAAAUAAUUUUAUAAAAUUACUUAUUGCUCCCUGUUUCAACAGUUUGAGUGUAUAACGUUCGAAACCAUAAACUAUGAAAACAAAAACGUGGGAAACAUGGGUACAAUUUCUAAAUUCGCCACAUCUAGCCCUGCUAAUAGAAUACAUAUCGAUAUCAUGAAAUCUUUUAAGAAAAUGAGGAACUUGACUUGUUAUUAUUGUAAGGCUAUAAUUAAUUUGUACAAGAUCAACCUAUUGUAAUAAAGAAACCAAUCUUGCC